CGUGGGAGGGGCUGGAUGCGAGCGUAGGAAUCAUGGCACUCUGGCGGGCAUACCAGCGAGCCCUGACGAUUCACCCGUGGAAAGUACAGGUCCUGACAGCUGGGGAGAAUAGCCGUUUCUGGAGAAAAGAAGCCUUUACCCACCAGCUCUCAUCCCACAUUGGUCAAAGGUUCGCCACAUGGGAUGUCAACACCUGUGUGCAGUCCCCGGCAGCCCAUCUCCAGGAGGUGUCCUGACAACACCCGUGUACCCUGCGCAGGGUCCCUGAUGGGCCUGGGUGACAUUAUCUCACAGCAGCUGGUGGAGAAGCGAGGUCUGCAGGGACACCAGACUGGCCGGACCCUGACCAUGGUCUCCCUGGGCUGUGGCUUUGUGGGCCCCGUAGUAGGAGGCUGGUACAGGGUUCUGGACCGCCUCCUCCCCCACACCACCAAGGCAGACGCGCUAAAGAAGAUGCUGUUGGACCAGGGGUGCUUCGCCCCAUGUUUUCUAGGCUGUUUCCUCCCACUGGUAGGAGCACUCAAUGGACUGUCCGCUCAGGACAACUGGGCCAAGCUACGGCGGGACUACCCCGAUGCCCUUGUCACCAACUACUACCUCUGGCCUGCUGUGCAGUUAGCCAACUUCUACCUGGUCCCCCUUCAUUACAGGUUGGCCGUUGUCCAGUGUGUCGCAGUCAUCUGGAACUCCUACCUGUCCUGGAAGGCACACCGGCUCUAGGCCGGCCUCACCCCGGUGCCUGCGUGGGCAGUGCUGCAGCUUGACCCCAGAGCGGUCAGAUGGCCUCCUCGACGUGGGCACAUCGCUUUUCCUGGGGUUCUGUGGCCACUCAGAACUUAAUGGGCUUUGCACCUGAUUCCUUUUGAAAUCAUUACAACCUUUAUAACGGUCUUAUUCCCACCACAUGGUAGACACUCCAUAAAUACGUAUGGUCUCGUCAGCUGUCUCUUACACCCGUAUCCCCCCCCCCCCCCCGCCCCCCCCGCCAUUGUCCCCACUCUUCACAGACACAUCUGCGCUCUAACCUUCCCAGCUCAACGGGAGCUCUGGCUCUUUGGGGACCCCAAGAUGGUGCCUCUGCAGAUCGGUUAUUAAAUAUGUAGUCUGCAAGCUGCGGACGUGGUGCAGAGGACCCAGCAGAAACCUAUGGGGCAGUCAGGAUUUCUAGAGCUGGAAAGAAGUCUAGAGACCAGUCCCGAUCUCCUACGGAUGGGCAUGCCGAGGUCCAUGGAAGUGAGGUGACCUGUCCACACCACCAACCAGUGGCAGAGUGGAAACAUGAACUCACAUGCUACAGAUGAAUGUGUCCCCUCCAGAAUUCAUCUGUUGAAAACAGUGCCCACGGUGAUGGCAUUAGGCAGUGGGGCCUUUGGGAGGUGAUGAGGUCAUGAGGGAUUCAUGCCCUUUUGAAGCAGUCCCAGACAGAUCCCCCACCCCUCCCAGCAUGUGGGGACACAGCGAGAAGGUGCUCUCUAUGAAAGUUAACAGGCAGCUUCUCCCCAAUACCACAUCUACCAGCGCCAUGGGCUUGGACCUCCCAGCCUCUAGAACUGUGAAUAAUAAAUGUUUGCUGUUAUAAGAUA